AUGGGAACAGAAGUGCACAGUAAAAGCUACUUGCCAGGAUAUUACUCCAUGAGGGACCUUAAUGAGGAUGCUAACAGUAGUAGCUGGCCCCUAUACUAUGGAGAUAAAACCUUGACAAAUGGGCAGUAUUACCACGGGUUUAUGCCAAGGACUGUCACAGAUGCACACCCAGGGCAUGAUAGGGAUGCAGUAAAGCAGAAAAUGCUUGAACAUGAAGCUAUAUUCAAGAAUCAGGUCUUUGAACUCCACCGCCUAUACAGAAUUCAAAGGGACAUGAUGGAAGAAGUAAAAAAGAAGGAGCAUCAUACACAUCGGAUAUCAAACGAGACAUCAUCAGGAUCAAGCCUCAUAGCAUCUCAGAUGCCAUUUGAAGAUGCUUGGAAAUGGCAUAUCCCCAGCUUCCCCCUGGCCAACUCUGGUUAUGCUAAACCCUAUAUGUUGGGUGCCAAUAUCUUUAAUUCUCCCUUGGGUUGUACAAAAGGGAACAGCACACAAUCUGGGCGAGGUCUCUCCCAAAAUGGCUGUACCUCAAAGGAUUGUGAAGUGAUGGAGUCUAGACCCUCAAAGGUUAGGAAAAAGUUGUUUGAUCUUCAACUCCCAGCUGAUGAGUACAUUGAUACUGAAGAAGGGGAACAGAUCCAGGAGAAUAAGAUAUCUGAUAUUUCAAGUCAUCCUCUUGAUAAAAAUCAUGAAGCUGCGUGUAGGAAUAAUGUAAAGUUGUUUCUUGGUGGUGGUGGGAGGACAAAUUACCAAGUCGAUGCUUCAACUUCUGUUUCAUAUUUGGGGAGCUCUAUUGGGUUGGCCGAUCUGAAUGAGCCCAUUCAGGCCGAAGUAGUAACAGGUCAAACAUCUGUUGAUUUUUGUGUCCGUUCUGCUUGUCAUGGACAGAUUAGAGGCCCGGAUCUGUCUGGAAAUUGCAAAUCAGAGUUUCUAGGCUUGCCCAAAGAACUGAUGAGGAACUCCGAUCAUGGAAGCAAUAAUGGGACUUUGAACAAUCCAUCUGUUAAGAAUAAAAGCAAUGGGAGUGGGUGGUCCUCGAAUAUAUAUGAAUCAGGGAAGAAUAAAAGCAGUCUGACUUCUAUUCCUCAAGGUCUCCAACAAGAAAAGUUGCCUAUGGCAACCCAUCCGAUGCAAGUAGUGCUUGACAAAGCUCAUCAACUUCCUGGUGUUUUUCCAAAUGAUCACAGCAGGGAAGAUCUGUGGAGAGAUAGAACAGGUCAUGGUUUAGAUAUCUUCGAUAGAAAUCACACUGUGGCUUCCCAUACACCAAAUCCGUACCCAUUUUUGAAUUCUGCAGAUGUUGUGAAUUCUCAGCCUCACUCUGCCUCAAUUUGGGGAAAGCCAAUCAGUAGCUUGACACAGAAAUUGGCAUCAGUUCAUACCCACCCAUCUUUGAACUCAUCCUCAACCUUAAGUAGGAGUUUUCAAUCAUCGAGUCAUGACAUCUGUGGAGAGAAGUGGCAUGUCAAUGGCAGUUAUAGAUCAAACCAAGGCCUGCGAAGCGAUCUACAAGCCCGAAAUGGGUUUUACCAUGGUUCCUUGUCAGGGUAUAAGGAACUGUCAGUUUGCUCUCCCUCAGUUCGAAUAGAUUAUCAGAAUUGCAACAGGGACGAUAACCUAACAUCCGGACGCACACUAGAUCAUGGAUCUGAGAAGUUUUUCAAUGGCUCACAUCUCGUGGACAUAAAGUCUGCAAGAGAUAUGAAAUUAAAUGUGGCCCUUUCAAAAAGUCCUUCUAAUGAGGCAGUUUCCCAGCAAGAUCUUGAGAUGGUGGAUGAAAAGCAGCAGUGUGGAGACCAUCUGGCAGCGUUGCCUUGGCUUAGAGCUAAGGCAACCUGUAAGGAUGUCACCAAUUCAAGGAGAGAUUUGAGGGCAGAAAACUUGGGCUUCUCGUGCAGAAGUGAAGCCGUGAGAGAUCUCAAUCGAAUUUUCCCUGAGGAUGUAGUUUCGGUCAUAAGUGAUCAUGGUAUUGAGGCCAAAAAGGAGACAAGUGACUCUUUGAGUAAUAGAAAAAUUCUUGGGUUUCCCAUUUUUCAAUAUCCUUGUGCUUCUAAAAAUGAGUCAUUAUCCCUAGUCUCCACCUCUGCCUCCCUUCGUUGCCCUUCUGAAGGUGGACCUGUGAAUAAUCAGGAGAAAAAUAGACUCAUUGACAUUAACUUAGCUUGUGAUCCUUCUCUUCCAGAGUCUGGCAAACAGUUUGCUGCAGGAGCAGUGGUUGUGGAGAAGGCAAUGGAUACAACAAAUACCUGUUUUAGAAGUCACAUUGAUUUGAACUCCUGUAUGAACGGGGAUGAAAUUUUUGUAGCACCAUCUGUUGCAAGAUCCAAUGCAAUUGAGAAAAUCACAGUGGAGAUAGAUCUGGAAGCCCCUGCUGUUCCAGAAACUGAGGAAGAUAUUCUGCCUGUAGAAGAGCAGAAGCAGCAUCAGGCACCUUUGCAAUCAUCAGAAUAUAAAGCUGGGCAACCACAGGAGGAGCUUGUCAGGAUUGCAGCUGAAGCAAUAGUUUCCAUCUCAUCAUUGGGUCAGCACGAUCAUAAGGAGGAUAUCACUUGCUACCCAUCUGAAGCUUCUUUGGCCGAAUCCCUCCUUUGGUUUGUUGAGGUAGUUUCUUGUGCGGAUGAUCUUGAGCUUAAGUCUGGCAAAAAAAUGACGGGCAGUGAUGGUGGAGACGUUGAGGAUUCUUCCUCUGAUGAGAUUGAUUAUUUUGAGGCCAUGACUUUGCAACUGACAGAGACCAAAGAAGAAGACUACAUGCCUAAGCCUUUCGUUCCUGAAAUUCAAAAGGUGGAAGAAACAGGGGCCACUUCAUUACGAAAUCGACAACGAAAGGGCCAGACAAGGAGGGGGAGGCAGCGGAGGGACUUUCAGCGGGACAUCCUUCCGGGCCUUGUUUCUUUGUCCAGGCAUGAGGUAACAGAAGAUAUUCAGAUAUUUGGAGGACUGAUGAGAGCUACAGGUCAUUAUUGGAAUUCAGGAUUGACCAGAAGAAAUGGCACUAGAAAUGGGGCUGCUAGGGGAAGGCGGCGAUCACUGGUUGACACUGCCCCUUCUGUGGUGACAAGCCCAGUUUGCACUCCCCUAAUGCAGCAUCUUAAUAAUAUUGGAGCAGGAUUGGAGGAUAGAAGCCUUACAGGGUGGGGGAAGACAACGAGACGUCCCCGCCGGCAAAGAUGCCCUGCAGGUAAUCCUCCUUCUGUCCCUUUAACCUAAUUGCUGAAGAGGUUUUCAUCUAUAAAAACAGAAUUUUUAUAGAGGGAAGUGAGGAAACUAGGGAGUUGCUUUUAUGGAUUUUGGGAGUGAAGUUGUUAGCCAUGGGGUUUGCCUUUGUACAUGUCUUUGUAGCCCAUAAUUUGGGCUCCCCCCGUGAUUAUCUGUCUUAUCUUUACCAUCCUUGUAUUAGUCGGAAAUAAUGUUUCAUGAUUUCUUCUGGAUGUAUACAUCAUUCCUUUGACUGUGUCACGACCACUACGUGUG